AUGGAACCCAUAUUAUUGGAGCAAGCCAAGUUUAAACCUUCCUUUGCUACUCAGGAAAAUUAUCAAGAAUUAGGGACAAGGAUAAAUCAAGAAAUAAACCCUGCUUUAUCCUCUAUUUGCUCCCGCUUUGCUUCUCUUACUUCGGUUGAUAAUCUUAAUCAACUAGUCAAUGAAUAUUUAAGUAAGAUUUUUCAAGGUCAUAUUUAUGCUGAGGCUAUUCAUGAUGAGUUAGGACAACAAUUAGGAAUUACUAAUCAUCAGAAAUUUGAAUUAAAAAAAACUGGCAACAGUUCUGCCAAUUAUGGAUGGAGUAUUGCUUUAAAUGAAUUUGCUUUUAAGG